AUGUGGAUCAAACACAGCGAAGGCAGCAAAAGGGUUAAAGAGAGAAAGCCUAUGUAUGCUUUAGGAUACGAGAACAACCAGUCUUGCCGCAGCUACAAAAUCUUGAUGUUUUGGGAUUGUGACGAAUUAUACGACGGCCAAGUCGAUGGAUUUAAAGUCUAUGAUUUUAACUCUAAUGCGUGGAGAGUUGUUAAUUAUCCCAACUGCUUCAUAAUGAAUUCUCAUGGCGUGAAUUUGAAAGGAAAUGGUUACUGGAAUGCUUAUGAUGACAACUACGUCGACUACAUACUCAGUUUUGAUUUUACAGGAGAGAGAUUUAUACGUUUGUGUUUACCUCCCCCAUCUCAGGGCUGCAUGUAUACGUCUCUAUCAGUUGUUAGAGAAGAACUCUCAGUGUUACGUUGUGUGAAUGGUUCAUCAAAGAUUGAGAUGUGGGUGACGACCAAUAAAAUGGAUACUUCUGCUUCAGAAUUGUCAUGGAGCAAAUCCUUUACAAUGAACUUUGGUUUUCCUGUCUUAGUUUACACGGGUCUUUUAAUCGACGAAGAUAAGAAAGUGGUCUUGUGUAAUACAAUUGUGGGGGACCACUUGAGGGGGGCAUGUACUAUUGGAGAGGAAGAUAAAUAUUACUCAGAAAUCACUUUUGAAGGAAUGUCUUUAUCACCACCUCCUCAUAUUUUCAAUUAUGUUCCAAGUUUGGUUAGAAUCCAGGAAGGUACUGAAUUAGAUGUUUUUGGUAAAAGUCCUCGUAGGAGAGGGGAUGAUCCUCCUACAAGACGAGGUGAUACUGCAAUGUGUGAGCAUGACUUCCAGUUUUCACAAGAAAUUGAUGACAUGAUGUCCUAA